UGAAUUUAGAAUUGUAAUUGUUAUGAUUAUGAAUACGAUCGUUUUUUGGAUAUCGAAAAAAUUGCUUAUAAUUUAAUAUCGAGUAAAUGUAUUUUAUGUGGUGAAAUAAAUCAAGGAAUCUAUUUUCAGUAUUGUACUUACAUGAAAAAUACAAUAUGGAUACAAAGCACACUCCUAUGCGCGCUAAAACUAUGGCAGAAUUGUUACCUGGCAUUAAACAUAUUUUGUCCAAGGAAACAGUGAUGUUGCUCAGUUCGCAGAAAAAACCGAAUGCUGGUGUCCGGCAAACUCAAACUGGAAAAAAUUUGAAACCCAUGAAAAUUGCAGAAAUAUUAGCCUUAAAAGGACCCACUCCCAGAGCGGUCAACCAUCAGCCACCUCAAACUAAAAUGAAAACUUGGAAUUCAUCUGUGAAAGUGGAUAAAACUAAGCAACUUACCAAACAUAACGAACAAAAAUAUAAUACAGUGAGAAAAACGCUGAAUUUCCAACAAAAAGCCAGUAUUGUUCCAGCCAACAACAGAGCUACUACAGUAGGACCAAUGGCCAGGAAAUCUAUUUAUCCACAAGUUAAAUCUAAAGGAAAUACUAUCAAUAGAAUAAGUGGUGUAUGCAAGAUACCUGAUACACCACUCUCAAUAAAACCAUUACCAAAUAGAGUUGUAAAAAUGAAGAAUGUCUCAUUCAAAUCCAACAGUGACGACAGUUUCUUACAGAAAGAGAAAGAGAUUAAUGAUUUUGAAGCUAAAUCUAAUGCUUUAGCUGACGAACCAACUUUGGAAAGAAUUGAUGAAAUUUCACCACCAAUUUCAACACCAUUUCAUGAUUAUAGAAAUGUGAGAGAUUACUUUAAUCAGAGUGAAGCUGAUAACUCUGUUGCAUGGAACAAUGACACUUUGAUGUUAUUUGAUAAAGUGUCAGAGAUCAAAGACAAUACUCAAAGAGAAGAAAGUGUCAUAGUGUCUCUGUGUGAACUGCUAAAUAAAGCUACUGUUACAAGUAAUAAUGACAACAAUCGAAACAUUGUUGAUGCGGACGAAAUUGAAAGACAGAUUGUGAAUGAUAUAAAAGUUAUUGACAAUGUUAUUGUAAUAUUAAAAGGUUUCAAAGAGGAAAAGCUCAAGUUUUUGCAGCAUAACAGGAAAUUGAAACAGCAAGUGACUGAACCAAACAUAUGUAAUGACACCAUUUUGGAAAAAGAAAAUAUUGCUCCUAAUAUAACAGAAAAAAACGAAUCAGCAGCAGCAAUUAUAAAAGAAAUUACUAAAGUCAAAGAAGAAAUAACCAGCCCUGAAAGGAACCCUAUUAUUAAAAGACCGACAGUUAUCAAAUCAAGAUCACCAUCUUAUAAAAUCCCAAAAAAAAGUAUUUGUUUGAGACAAAAAGUGUUCCACAAAUCUAUGCCCAACAUUUCUGAUAUGCCAGUGACACCUAAUAGAAAUACUGAUAAAGCUCUGAGUAUGUAUAUGCAGAUUAAAGAAAAGAUGUCAUUUCUCAAUACUCCUUUGGCGAAACCACGCAAUGACACUCCAGAUACUCCUGCACUAACAUCUCGCAAUCUGCAAACCCAAUUAGAUAAAUUGUAUAAUGACAUCUGACACACAUUGGACUUUAUAGUCUAAGAGCCAGCAUUAGAAAUAUAUACCCUCAUCUGUUAUAUUAGUGCUGUGAAAUAAAUGAUAGAUAAUAUUCACUGUGACACCAAAUAGAAAUACUGAAAAAGCUCUGAGUAUGUACAUACAGAUUCAAGAGAAGCUGUCAUUUCUCAAUACUCCUUUGGUGAAACCACGCAAUGACAUUCCGGACACUCCUGCACUUACAUCUCGCAAUCUGCAAACCCAAUUAGAUAAAUUGUAUAAUGACAUCUGACACACAAUUGACUUUAUAGUCAAUAAUAAUCCGGCAUUAGAAAUAUAUACCCUCAUGUUAUAUAUUAGUAAUAAGAAAUAAAUGAUAAAUAAUAUUUAAAGUGA